CCAGGAUUGCGCCUGAGAAGCUGCUGCUGCAGACGGCUGGCCACCAGGUUGCCCCUCUCUCUCCAGCCAGAAAGACUUGAGUUAGACAAGCAGAAGCACACGCCUACCUACCUCAUGGCUACAGAAAAUGGAGCAGUUGAGCUGGGAAUCCAGAGCCUGUCAACAGACCCUCCAGCUUCCGAGAAAGAUUCCAACCUCCCAGUCACAAAGAAAGACCCAGACCCCCCUAACACGAAGAAAGACCCUGGAGCCCCGGACCCAAAGAAAGAUCCAGACCCACCCUCCCUGAAGAAAGAUGCUGAAGCCCCCGUCCCAGAGAAAAAGGGUGACCAGGCCCCAGCUUCAGCCAGCAGUCAGGGCCCUUUAGGAGAGGGGCACGAGGGCACCCCUACCAUGAAGAAAGACCCUGGAGCCCCGAACCUGAAGAAAGAUCCAGAUCCAUCCUCCCUGAAGAAAGAUGCUGAAGCCCCCGCCCCAGAGAAAAAGGGUGACCAGGCCCCAGCUUCAGCCAGCAGCCAGGGCCCUUCAGGAGAGGGGCACGGAGGCGGGGGGCCUGCGGAAGGCAGUGUGGGACCUCCUGCAGCCUUGCCCCAGCCCACAGCCACAGCGGAGGCCAGCAUCCAGAAGCCAGAUGCCAAGCAAGCACCGCCAGGCAACCAGGGACCUGGGGAGCCCAAGGCAGGCAAGAAGGCAGCAGAAUGCCGCGAAGCAGGGAGAAGGGGCUCUCCUGCCUUUCUUCACAGCCCUAGCUGUCCAGCCUUCAUCUCGUGCUCUGAGAAGAUACCAGCUGUGAAGCCCCUGAGCGAGACAACAGAACUCAUCUUUGCAGGGGUGUCUGAGACCUCCGACCCCCCAGAUCCGGGGCCAGCCAAGGCAGAAGGAGGGACGAACACCCUGGCAGAGAACCAGAAGGAAGAGGCAGAGAGAGCCCCAGGCCAGGCCGGGCAGGCUAAGGUGCAAGGGGACACCUCUCAGAGGAUCGAGUUCCAGGCUGUUCCUUCUCAGAGAGCCGAGGUGGGGCAGGCCCUCAGCCUCACUGCCAGGGAGGAAGACUGCUUCCAAAUCCUGGAUGAUUGUCCGCCACCCCCAGCCCCCUUCCCACACAGGAUCGUGGAGCUGAGGACCGGAAAUGUCAACAGUGAAUUCAGCAUGAACUCAAAGGAAGCACUGGGAGGUGGGAAGUUUGGAGCUGUGUGCACCUGCACAGAGAAGGCCACAGGCCUCAAGCUGGCAGCCAAGGUCAUCAAGAAACAGACUCCGAAGGACAAGGAAAUGGUGCUGCUGGAGAUCGAGGUCAUGAACCAGCUGAACCACCGCAACUUGAUCCAGCUGUACUCAGCCAUUGAGACCGCUCAUGAGAUCGUCCUGUUCAUGGAGUACAUCGAGGGCGGCGAGCUCUUUGAGAGGAUCGUGGAUGAGGACUACCAUCUGACCGAGGUGGAUACCAUGGUGUUCGUCAGGCAGAUCUGCGACGGGAUCCUCUUCAUGCACAAGAUGAGGGUCCUGCACCUGGACCUCAAGCCAGAGAACAUCCUGUGUGUAAAUACUACUGGCCACUUGGUGAAGAUAAUCGACUUCGGCCUGGCACGGAGGUAUAACCCCAACGAGAAGCUGAAGGUGAAUUUUGGGACCCCGGAGUUCCUGUCACCUGAGGUGGUGAAUUAUGACCAGAUCUCUGACAAGACUGACAUGUGGAGCCUGGGGGUCAUCACCUACAUGCUACUGAGUGGCCUCUCUCCCUUCCUGGGAGACGAUGACACGGAAACCCUGAACAAUGUCCUGUCUGCCAACUGGUACUUCGAUGAAGAGACCUUUGAAGCUGUGUCGGAUGAGGCCAAAGACUUUGUUUCCAAUCUCAUCACAAAGGACCAGAGUGCCCGAAUGAGUGCGGAGCAGUGCCUCGCCCACCCCUGGCUCAACAACCUGGCAGAGAAAGCCAAACGCUGCAACCGCCGCCUCAAGUCCCAGAUCCUGCUUAAGAAAUACCUCAUGAAGAGGCGCUGGAAGAAAAACUUCAUUGCUGUCAGCGCAGCCAAUCGCUUCAAGAAGAUCACUAGCUCGGGGGCACUGAUGACUCUGGGAGUCUGAACCCCAGGAGCAGCGAAGCCUGGACGCAGCUGCGCAGUGGUCAAGGCUGAAGCCACACAGCUCAGAAGGCCAGAGAGAGCCGGCCAGAUCUCUAGGACAGGCUGGUCAGGACAAAGCUGCACCGGCCGGGAGGCUUGGGGCUCCCCAGGCCCUCAGGCGACACUGCUUCCCUUAUGAGAACACGAGUGUGGCCUGGAAUCCAUCUUGCUACCGCCUCCUCAGACAGGGCUGUGGCCCAUCAGCCCCACCCAGACUCCAAGGACGUCCAGGCCAUUCCCUCCCCUCUCCCUAGCUUCCCCCCUUUGAACUGCUGCCCCUGUAGCCUCUGCUUUGCCCCGCCUGGGGCACCCUUGCCUGGAGUUGGGUGGCUGGGGGUUCAGCAGGUGGUGGUGGUGGUGGAUGGGGAGCGUCUAGCAGGGUAAGAAUGCAGCCCAGCUGCCAGGGGAGACAGAACAGGCUUUGUGUGAGAGGACCUCCAUGCCCCGCCUCACACUCCCAACAGAUACGGCCUCGAACACACCAUCUGGCCUCCUGGCCCCCACCCACUGCUUUUGUGACCACCAACACACAGAAACUGUGAGAGAAAGCCAGCCCAGGCCUGGAGCGGUGGGGGUGGGGGAGAGGCCUGGGAGACAUGAGACCACCCCCAAGUCCACCUGAGGACUGAGGUUCCCAGCCCGGCCAGUCCCAAGGGCAUUCGAAACCCCACGUGCCAGGAUGAACUUGCCCACGAGGAGUGUGAAGCCGUCGGGCAGUCCCCAACCUGCUCUCAGCUUGUGCCUUGUAAAUAAAUA